ACUCAACGUCGUCGAAAAAAAGCAUCGAGAUUGGAAAAAAAAGUUUAUUUGAAUUAAGGCGAAGCAAACAAUAAAUUAAAACUAAGAGAUGCCCUCAGCAGAGAAAGUGUCCUCCGCCACGGUCGGUAAACUUGAAAGUGCGCCACCAAACGAGCCAAAAGCGGCUGAAAGUACAAAUAAAGAACUACCGAAUGCGGAACAAAAUGAAAAGUCUGUACCAGCCAUUCAGCAGGUCAUAUCGAUUAUUUCAAACAAAAUUCGUAAUUUGGAGAAGCGAAAGAACAAGCUUGAUGGCUACAUUAAGGAGGAGGAAACUGGUAAAGAGCUUAGUGCUGAACAGCAGAGAGCUGUAUCGAAAUACGAUGAGGUCAUGCAACAACUGAGCUUGUCCAAAGAGUUUUGCAAGCAAUUUCAAGUAAUCGCAACAUCGGCUUCGAAGGAUGCAAAACGUGAAGCACGAAAAAGUCUCUUUUCACGUCAACAACAAGAAAGUGCAAAAGUUCGUGAAGUUUUGAUGAUUCAAGAUCUUCUUCAACGGCUGAAGGACGAUGUCAUUCGAAAUGAUUUUUUGAAUGAACGAAACGGAGCUUGCUCUAUAAGCAAAGUGGAAUUGGAGUUUAUUGAAAAGUUUGCGCAUCAAGUCAUCCCAGCACGUCCUAAUUUCUCUAAUGAACCGAUUUUUUCGAGCUCAGCUAAGACUUCUGCUGAUCAUUUCAGCUUUUUAAUCGACGGACGCAAUCGUCAAUUUAUGGAUACGGGAAUAACAUAUGAGAAGGGUAAAGAGUUGUUCAAUCGUAUACAAUCCUGUGGUUAUUGGGAGAAAGACGUGAAAAUUGUUGAAGUAACGGUAGCGGCGGAAGAGUCAAGUCGAGCUGAAACCGACACGCCAAACACUGAAGAUCUCGAGAGUAAAGAUGAGAAGAGUGAUGACGCAAGUGGACCAACACGUCCGGUGUCAGCUCCAGCGCCGACUCAAGUUCCAACCCCAAUUUUCAAUGGAAAUUUAAAUGUUUUAUCUGUCCAACAACGAAUGCCGCAAGCACCAAUGGGUCGUGUCCAACAACCACCUCAACCGCCACUUCCAACACCAACGAAUGUUCCCUUAAACAUGAAGACAACUGUGACUGCUGUCGAGAAUGCUUACUUCAAUCAAAUGAAUUAUUCGCAAACUCAAAUGAUCGCCAAUAGCAAUGGAAUGCCGAUUGUAGCCACUCAAAAUUCAGACUUUGGAACGAACUUUUCAUUCUUACAAGACUCGGAGUUGGACUCACCAGCUGUAACCGGAUCUCAGCAACAACAAAAUAUAGCAGUCAAUGUGAUUCAACAGCCGAUAAAUCAAGUGAAACAUUCACCAGUUCAACAUCAACAAAUGCCGAUUGUGCAAACUCAAGCAACUCAUGCAUUUAAAAAUGCAAACUUCCAUUCAUCAUCAGCUCCAAUUGCUGCUAUUGCUGCUCAGAUAACAUAUCCACCGGGAUUAAAAGUUCAAUCAGCUCCGGCUACGCACAUUCCAGUAAAUUAUCAACAAGCAAAUUCAUCACAACAUCAACAACAACUUUGCCAAGUUGUAACAACGCAGCAGAUGAUUCCAAAGCAACAACAACAACCAUCGAAUGGUGCUUCCGUUCCUGGUUUUGUUCCAUCCACUCAGACGCCUCCUAAUACGCAACAAAAUAAUAAUAAUAAUACAUCACGUCCAGCAUAUCCAACGAUGGUGCCAAAAGCACAAUACCAACAACAACAACAACAGCAGCAGCAACCAACACAACAAUCGCCAAACAACACUAAACAAAUGGAAAAUAAAACAAGUACAGCUCCAAAGCAUGAAGGAACUAAUAAUAAUGAUGGAAUGAAGUCAAAUGAUAAUCGCAAUCAAGUUCAUGAGAAGGAAAAGAAUCGCGACGAUUAUCAGCAACAACCACAAAUUGAUACGUGGACAAAUGAAACGGCUGCAACGUCUGGUGGUGGAAGUAGUGGAAGCAACAAUUAUUCAUCAAAAACAGGUGGUUUUAAUAACCGCAACAAUCGUGGUGGGGGUGGUGGUACGAAAUAUAAUAAUUACAGAAAUUCUCAGCAAUCUCGUAAUUACAACAAUGAGAAUGGUAAUGGUGAUUUACCACGUGAAGGAUCUUCAAGCGGUGGAACUUUCUUCCGUAACAAUGAACGAUUUAAUGGUUCAAGUGGCGGACGUUAUGAAGGCCGUGGUGGUGGCGGUGGAAAUUAUAAGAAUCGUGAUGGCAAUUAUCGAACAGGAAGUGGUCGUUUUGCUGGAUCAGCUUCUGCUGCUGCUGCGCAUGGAUCAUCUAAUCCUGUUCAGCGAAAACUUUUCACAAAUCAACAUUCGACUAUGUCAAUUUCUGGGAACAUGGAAAAUGUCAAUGAUAAAGAUGUUCAACAUCAUGCUGAAUUGUCAGAAAAUUGGUGGGAUUUAAAUGGUCCAAUGAAGGGUCUUCAUGCAUACAACAUGUUGAGAGUUCCCUUUAUUCGUGACGGGUUAAUUUCCAUGGGAUCUCUUCCAGACACAAAAGCAAACAAAACAAAUGUUUUGGAAGGUGUAAAAAUCCUCGAGAUUGGAUCUGGAGCUGGAAUUUUAACAAAAGCUUUAGGAACUUUGAAAGCAGAUGUUACAGCCUUGGAUCCUUCGGAAAAGCUUGUCACAACAGCCAAAGAACACCUUAAAGAGUUGAAUAACAUUGAAUAUGUUUGCGAUUCAAUUGAAAGUCAUGUUAAAUGUAAUCAUGAGAAAUACGACGCUGUAGUUGCAAGCGAAGUUCUAGAACAUGUUGUCGAUCAAAAGUCAUUCCUCAAAUCAUCAAUUGACGCACUCAAACCAGGUGGUUCUAUUUUCAUAACAACUCUUAACAAAACACAAAUAUCAUGGCUUGGUGGAAUUAUCAUCGCUGAAAACUUUCUCAAUUUGGUUCCCAAAAAUACUCACGAUUGGAAUUUAUUCAUCAGUCCUGGAGAAGUUGAAAAAAUCUUAAAAGAUUUAAAUUGCACAACAAUUCUUGUUCAUGGUGCACGUUACGAGUUUUGGAGAAAUGCUUUCGCUUGGUCGUCUUGUACUGAUAUUAAUUACGUUUUACAUGCAGUAAAGAAUGAAAAUUGAAAUUUGUAACCACAACAAGAUUAAUUAAAUUAAGUUUUCAUGAGAUUUUAA